AUGAAGGGUGCUCUUCUCUACAGUUUGUUGGCCGGCACGGCUACGGCCCACAUGCAAAUGAUGAAGCCCUACCCCAUCCGCAGCCCACUGAACAAGGACUCUACGGGCCAGAAGGACUACUCGUACACCAACCCACUGCAGGCCUCAGGCUCAGACUAUCCUUGCAAGGGCUAUGCCAAUGAUGAGUUCGAUUCACAGGCCUCCUACUCGCAGGGCCAAUCCUACACCAUGGAGCUGGACGGCAGCGCAACCCACGAUGGUGGUUCCUGCCAACUUGCUCUGACCUAUGACCAGGGUAAGACCUUCAAGGUCAUCGAGUCCAUGCUUGGUGAUUGCCCAAUUGCCAAGAAGUACGACUUCUCCAUCCCAUCUGAUGCUCCUGAUGGUGAGGCUCUUCUCGCCUGGACCUGGUUCAACAAGGUCGGCAACCGUGAGAUGUACAUGAACUGCGCCAUGGUUACAAUUGGCGGAACCUCAAAUGCCAACCAGACCGAUGCCGAUGCCGACACUCACACCAAGAACAUGCACAAGGCCAACAAGGGCGAGGAGAUGAAGAUUUCUCACCCGCCUAUGGCUCUGGCUGCCCACCAGGGCGAAAUGGCCAGCCAGCGUGGAGCCAAGUCCCAGAAGCAGCAAGCCGGCUUUGACAGUCUCCCCGCGCUCUUUGUCGCCAACGUCGAUCAGGAGGGCAAGUGUGUGACCAUCGAGGGCGAGUCUGUCAACUUCCCUAAGCCUGGUGACAAUGUUCUCGGCAAGACUGAUGGAAAGGGCGAUGGUUACAAGUGCACUGGCACCGCUCCCUUCCUCGACAGCAGCGACUCCACCUCCACGGACACCAGCAAGAAUUCCAGUGACUCCACCUCCACGGAUAACACCAACUCGAAGGUUGAUAAGUCGAGCAAGACCUCGACCCAAGACACUGGCAGCAAGGCUCCCAAGACCUCGACUCAGGACAAGGGCAGCAAGGCUUCCAAGACCAACGCUGACUCGGCCCAGACUAAGACCAGCACCGACUCGAGCCAGGCUAAGACUACCGAUUCCAAAGAUUCGAAGACCAACUCCAAGGACUCCAACAAGAAUGCCACUCGCAGCACGCCUCAGUCCAUGUCCAAGAUUGCCCAGGCUUUCGGUACCUCUGGAGUUGCUGUUGCGGACCCCCGUGUCGUGGCCACCGAUGCUUCCACCGUUGCUUCCACCAAUAACGCUUUCUCCAGCUACGUUGGUGGCUUCACUUGCAAGUCUGGCGAGAUCAUUUGCGCUCCUGAUGGAUACAGCUGGGCCAUGUGCUCCAACGGCGCCCCCGUCUUCAUGGGUUCCGUCGCUGCCGGUAUGACCUGCCGCUUUGGCGCCAUGGUUGCCGCUCCUUGGUAA